AUGGAACUGAGAAAUGCCAGUGUAGGCACACAUUUCAUCUUGGUGGGCUUCUCAGACCAGCCCUGGCUAGAAGAAGUCCUUUUAGUCCUGGUCUCAGUCUUCUACAUACUCACCCUGGUGGGCAAUGGGACCAUCAUCCUGGUGUCUUGCCUGGAUGCUCACCUCCACACUCCCAUGUAUUUCUUCCUCACCCACCUCUCCAUGGUUGACCUUUGCCACAUGACAACUAUCGCACCACAGAUGAUAUUCAACCUUCAAGGUCAUGACAAAUCCAUUAGCUUUGUGGGCUGUGUGGUACAGUUCUUCAACACCUUAGGGCUGGGGGGCACUGAGUGUGUCCUCCUGGCCUUCAUGGCAUAUGAUCGCUAUGCCGCCAUCUGCCAGCCCCUGCAUUAUGUGAAUUUGAUGCCACCCCACCUUUGCUGUUCCCUUGCAGGAGCUUCAUGGGCAAUUGGCUUUGGGAACUCUGUUGUGCACACAGCAUACGGUAUGUCAUUGCCUCGCUGUGGACACAUCAAGAUCCACCAUUUCUACUGUGAGUCAGUCCCAACGCUGCAGCUGGUCUGUGGGAACAUCACUGCUUACAAAAAGGUGAUUUUUGUUGAGUGUGUUAUGCUUAUAAUUUUUCCAUUGUUGUUCAUAGUAGUGUCAUAUGGAUGCAUUGCCUGGACAGUGAUAGGUAUUAAGUCAUCUGAAGGCAGAAAAAAGGCAUUUGGGACUUGUGGGUCCCACCUCACAGUGGUUUCUAUCUUCUAUACCACCCUUAUCUAUAUGUAUAUAAAGCCCAAACAGGCUGUCUCUAAGCAUGUUGACAAAUUUGUGGCCCUCUUUUAUAACCUUGUCCCCCCUGUUAUAAACCCUCUCAUCUAUACCUUGAGAAACAAAGAUGCAAAAGGUGCAGUAAGAAGGCUAUUUCUGGGGAGGAAGUGGAGAAAAAUGUAG